AUGUUGGACAUUGAUUUUGAUACUGAAAGCUUGAAUUUCGAGAUCAACUUGUUUAAUUAUGUUAUUCCAAGAGACAAAUUUAUGAAAAAGACGAAAAAUAUCAUAAAACUGAAAAGUUUCAGACUCAAAUUUGGGUUCCAUGCUAAUUCUUCAAAUUCUGUUGAAAUCGAUAAUUCUGAAGUUUCUUCAAAUAGUGCAGAUGACCUGCUCAAACCGAAGUUAAAGUCGAUCUUGAAAAAUAGGAAUGAAAAUUUUGAUAUCGAAUUUCAAUCAAUGAAGAGAAUGGAUUCUAUCGAGACGGAAUCUCAAAAUAGUUCCAUCAAUACAUUUUACUAG